AUUAAUACUCCCUAUUAUCCCCUUAAUCAAGUUGCUCUUACACUUAAAUGAGCCGUGAAUGAGGAUGUUUGCUGAGUCUCAUAUUGACGACUUCUAGGAUCUUCCCCAUAUAAUUAUAGCUUCUCAGCAAGGCAACAACAGGUCAAGAUGGAUUCUAAUUACGAAAUGCCUUCUACCUAUUUCAUUCAUUCCCUCUCUGACGAAUCCCAACCAAAAACAAAUGAGGAAGCAUAUACCUGGUUUCCUACGAUGGACUUUGGCGGCGUAUGGCCCUUGGAUCAUUGUGACUUGGUUGCUUUCAACGCCUUGCUUCUCUCUGAAGGAACCUGGCAGACGACUCCGAGGCUUACCAUAGCGACCAAUUUAUACCGCAUCUUCGCCACAUGUGAACUCUUAUAUCCCAAGUUCAAAGAGGGUCCACUCAAGAAGAGUGAAGUGCGAGACUUCUUCUCCCUUGUCUAUGCUCAUCUAAGCGACCACUGCCUCGCCCAUGACCACUUGGAGGAAGACGGUCCCCGACGCGUAGCCAACCUUGUGGAGUACUUUAUUCAUGCGUCUAGAAACUACAAUCCUAGAAAAUACAUGAUCGACUUAGAUAUGGUUCCGCUUAACGAGAUAAUACGCCGGUUUACUUUGAUGUCGAGUUUUCCUGAGCGCACAUGGUUCUAUUAAUAGACUUGUACAUUGUAAGGGUUAAUUGGGUAAGGAUUGGAAGACUUGCAGAAUAGUUAGAUUUCAGUUACGGCAGACCGAGUCGAGAA